UUACCCAAUUACUGGCGGCCGAGGUCAUCAAUGGCGAGUUCCAUCCCAACAAACAAAAGAUUUCCAAGUAGACAUGAUUCAAACGCCAUAUAUUUAGAUUCUAACGUCUUAUCAACAAAUUCAUAAACAAUUGUUCGUGAUUGGAAGUGAUCCAUUAUCAUACAGCGCUGCAACUCGUUUUCAUUUCAACUUCCUCGAAAAACGACGGCCCGACGAACAGUUUUUGUUUAAUCCUCGGCAUUUCGCGUUACGGAAAUUUCAUCGUCUGCGAAUUCAUGUUUAGUAACCUACAUGGUUGUUGAAUGGGCUUUGACAAGGCAGUGAAGGUUGCUUUUCAAAAUUUGGCGAUUGCGGGAUUUCUUGUCGAUGUUUUGCAGCUAGGGUUUUCGAGUAUUUUGAGGAGAACAAAUCCAUGGAGCUUGCUAAUGGGGAGCCUGCUGCUAAGGGAGAAUUGAAUGAAAUGGAGAGGGAGCCUUCAGGACGGCUUCUUUUGCGGGAAGGUGGUCUGUCUCGUACGCAUUUUCCCGGCAUGGUGAGGAAGAGAGCUUACAUAUUUGAUGGAAACGACAACUAUUAUAACAAGGAAUGGGAUCUUACUGAGGGUAGAGGAAAGGAGUUUUGUUGGUAUCAUGUAGAACUUCCAAAAGGGAAUCAAAAACUAUCCCAAUCUGCUCAAUAUCUCAUCGAUGUUCUUUGCCCGCCUUUGAAUCUUCAAGAUAUUCUCUCCCUUGUAAGCAAUGGACCCUUUUGUGGACAUGUUAAUGGGGCGCUUGUGUUUAGAGUCAAUUCACCUGGCCCUGCAUCUAGUGAUUUUACAUUCAGAAUUGCUGCUAGAAUUACUAAGAAUUCUGUCAUCACCGUGUCUUUGGGCCGUGUUCCGAGAUUAGGAUUCUCACCGGUCGGUCAGUCUCUUCUCUCGGAAGUUCCUAGUGUGGAGAACCCCUCUCACUUGAGAGGUGAGCAAAGAGAAACUGGAGGCACUGUGAUUAGGGAGCAUGUUCUUGAAUUCUUGUUGACUAUGAAUCACUCGGAGGAGGCUGAUAAUCCUGUGCCAGCAUCCCUCUCAAAUCUGGUUGUUCAUAUUAUUGAUACUCAUGUGGAUCAUCUUCAAGAUGUUGUGACUAAGCUUGAGAUUGAGUUGGAUUCUGUGGAGCUUGAAAUGGAUAAAGGUGGAUUCACUUCAAAAAAACAAAUGCUCGAUGACCGAAGAUUCCCCAAAAUGAACCUUAAUCUGCAGCGGCUCCUACAGGUGAUUGCACAUGGGGAACAAGUCUUUCCACGAGUGAAAGAAAAGUGUUCUUCUAAACAAUGGUUUGCCAGUAAAGAUAUCAGCUCGCUUGAAGAAUUAAUUGGACGGUUAAGACGGUUGAAAGAGAACGUGGGAUUUCUAGCAAACCGUGUCAUUGCUAUCCAGACCGGUCUCGAUAGCUGGCAAGCCGAGCAAAUUAACAGGAAACUCUAUUAUCUUUCAUUUCUUUCAAUCAUAUUCUUACCAUUAUCAGUCAUUACUGGAGUAUUUGGCAUGAAUGUUGGUGGAGUACCAUGGACCGAGCAGAGAAAUCCCGAGCUGAAAGAGGGAUUUCGCAACGUCAUGCUUCUCUGCGCCGUAAUGCUUAUAUUGGUGCUUCUCUGCUUCAGUUUCCCAGCUAUUUAUACCUACUUAGUUAUGUGGAAUCGGCGGAGGAAGAUGAGAAAGAGCUGGUCUCUCAAUAGAAAGUCUUUUCUUAAGAGAACUGUGAAAAAUGGUGCUGGCGACAGAGGUGGAGGAGGAGGCUAUCUUCGGAUUUGAUAAUGUGAUAUCCUUUCCAUGUGCUUGGUUUGUCCUACUUGUGCAAACCGAGCACUGCGGUCUCGAUCUCGAAUGAUUUGUAAGUUAAACCAUCUAACACUCCCGAUGUCUGUCGGAUUCCGAUUAUCGUCGAUAACUACUAAUGAAAUAUCA